AUGAGCGAGAGCAAAUCUGUCGCUGUUGUUGGUGCUGGAAUCUUUGGCCUGUCGUUGGCCCUUGCACUGCACGAAAAGGGAUACACUGUCACUGUCUUUGACCGUCAUCCGUACGAUGAGACCCAGUAUGACCCUGAUGCCGACGAAAAUGUUCAGGCGGCGUCUGUUGACCACAACAAGAUUUUUCGUGCCUCGUAUGGAACAAAGCUACAUUAUCAGCGUCUGGCAUUAGAAAGCCGCGAAGCAUGGGUUGCGAUCAACAAGUCCUCCGGCGCCGACUUGUUUGUUCCCAGCGGUAUGCUCCGUGUUCAACCCUCGGAUGAGCUCGGUGCGUUGGAAAAGGAAACCCUCGCCAACAUGGAACGCGAUGGCAUCCGUGAGACCCAGUUUGUCAAAAGUCUUGCAGGCGACAGAGAACGUGCCAAGGCGGGAGGCUGGGACGCCAAGCUUCUCGAGUUUCCUAUUCCGGGCAGCAAUGAUGCUCGAACGUACGAAGCAGUCCUCGACUCUCUCGGUGGUUUCAUGCGAUGCUCCAACGCCUGUCUAUAUUUUCAGCAGCUUGCUGCUUCCAAGGGCGUCAGGUUUAUCUUUGGAAAUGAGCAAGGUGACGUUGAAUCCAUCGUGGAAGAAGCGGUCGGCGAUAAGAAGAAGGCCAACGGCGUGAGGACCAAGGACGGUGUCAUCCAUAAAGCGCAUGUCGUAGCAGUUGCCGGUGGCUCCUUUACCACGCAGCUCAUCCCCGAUCUGUCGACGCAUCUUGAGUCGUCUGGCGGCAGCCUUGCCACUUUCAAGAUUGACAAGGAAGACAAGGCGCUCUGGGAAAAGUACUCCCCUGAACAGUUCCCCGUCAUUACCUGGAAGAGCAAUCCUAGGAACAAGACAGGAAAGGACACUGGGAGUGUCUACGUGCUACCCAGAACUCCAGAUGGUCUGGUCAAGAUUGGGUUCCGAGGAGUCAAGUUUACCAACUUUCAGCCGGCGCCCGAAGGCUGUCCAUUCGUGCAAGAUGGCAAGUGGUCUAUUCCAAUGUCACCCAAAGACUCGUGCACGAUUCCCGAAGCGGCUGUCGACUCGAUCCGACAAUUUGUCAAGAUAUUCUUGCCCGAUUUCGACCAAGUCCCAUUCUACUCGACCAAGCUUUGCUGGUAUACUGAUUCUCUGGACAAUUCCUUCGUGAUUGACCACGUCCCGACUUACACGGACAACUCCCUGUUUGUCUGCACUGGGGGCAGCGGCCAUGGUGCCAAAUUCUUGCCCAUUCUCGGAAAGCACGCCGCGGAUAUUUUGCACAAUGGUGACAAGGCCACAAGCUUCUUGCGCCCAUUCUGGCGUUGGCGACCUGAAGCCCCGCGCCGCAAUGGCCUCGAGGAUGGCCCUGGCAGCCCAAGGAAUAUUGGCCAGGCCCAAGUAGAAUAG